AAGUCGUUGGUGCUCGUGCCGCGGAAAGAGCGGUUUGCCCCCCGCUAGCUCUGCACACAGUUUUGGUUGCCAUGUCGUGGACACCUAGCUCAUGGAGAUCCCUUCCCAAGCAUCAGAUGGCAGAGUGGGAGGACAAGGCCGUGGCGGAGAGGGUCUUCAGCAAGCUCGGAGAGCUGCCCCCUUUGGUGCAGCCAAAGGAAUGUGAGCGUCUGAAGCUCUUGCUGGCCGAGUGUGGCCGUGGGGAGCGCUUCAUCGUGCAGGGCGGCGACUGCGCGGAACGCUUCAUGGAUUGCAAGGCUGGACGCCUUGAGCAACAGCUGAAGCUCAUCUUGCAGAUGGGCAUGAUCAUCGAGCACCUCAGCGGGAAGAAGACCUUGAAAGUCUGCCGCAUCGCCGGGCAGUACGGGAAGCCGAGGUCCAAGCCCACGGAGAUGGUGGAGGGGAAGGAGAUCAUGAGCUUCAAAGGCGACAACAUCAACGGAUUUGACCCCAAAGAUCGAAAAUGGGAUCCAGAACGACUUCUCCUAGGCUAUUGGCAUUCGGCGGCCACCCUGAACUUCCUGCGGGGCUACGCAAGUUCUGGCGAGCAUGGGCCGCUCAAGACCAUUUCCGUGGAAGCGCUAAAAGCGUCCGAGCACUUCGCGAGCUACAGUGAUGAUGCAAAGGCCAUCGCUGGCAAGGCGCUCACGCCGGAGUCCGUAGAGUUCUUCACCUCCCACGAGGCGAUGCAGUUGGACUUGGAGGAGGCGCUCACCCGCCUGAGCGACGGGAAGUUCUACAAUCUCAGCGCCCACAUGGUUUGGAUUGGAGAUCGGACGCGGCAGCUGGACUGCGCGCACAUCGAGUACUUCAAGGGCAUUGCGAACCCUAUUGCCGUGAAGGUCGGCCCAUCGAUGAAGAACGAUGAGCUGAAAGAGCUGGUUCAAGUCUUAAACCCCAAGAAGGAGCAGGGCCGCCUCAUGCUGAUCACCCGAUACGGCGCCGGGAAGGCGGAGUCGAUGCUGCCUGGCCACAUCGAGGCGGUCAAGGCCUCAGGCGUCCCUGUCGUUUGGCAAUGCGAUGCCGUGCACGGGAAUGGUAUUGUGGCGAGUAAUAAGCUGAAGACGCGUGCGGCGAAGGACAUUUGGCAGGAGAUCGUGGAGGUGAUGGCUAUUCACAAGAGGUGUGGAUCCAUCUUGGGUGGAAUCCACCUUGAAUGCUCAGGCCAGAGCGUGACAGAGGUCUUGGGUGGCUCCGUGGGGCUGACGGAAGAGAUGCUCUUGAAAAACUAUGAGACCUACUGCGACCCACGGAUGAACUACGACCAGGCCAUCGAGUCAGCCUUCAAGGUCGGCAACGAGAUGCCCUCCGCCGAGCGCGCCGCAAAGCGGAGCAAGGUGGCCGCCUAGGGACUGAGGCGGAGGCCUGAUGACAUUGAAGGAGCUUCGCCCCGGUGCGCUCCACUGGAGGUGGUGCAACCGGGCUGGUUCUGAUGUUUUUUCCCCGCGACCAUUGCGGGCAGCUUAUGCCGUGCACGAGCUGCCCACUGGAGAAUAGAAAGGCCGCAGACGAUGGGGUAGCCCAAGAGCAAGAUGAGGAGGGAUAGGAUGAUGAUGGUUCCUUUGAAAGUUGACGGGCGCUCUUUUGGAGUGUUGAUACCGUUGAUGCCGAUACCUCUUGUUAAAUCUUCAUAGGCCGACAAGAGGAAGGGGC